AUGAAGCACCUUCUGCAAACCUCGAAACGUUGGUUCUUCAUUCAAUAUGUCCCAGAUACUGCAAUUAUCAUAAUGGAAAAACAAUCAAGUGUCUUGGGAGAACUCUCCCAGAACCCUCUUGCUGGUAAAAUUGCAUCUCUCCUGGAAAGCAAUGGCGCUGCGAAGCGCUCAAAGUUUCCCAUCGUCUUCGAGAACCUUUCGGUCAUUGGAAGCGGAAAUAAGGCCGAAGUUGCGCCAACAGCCAUCUCGCCCUUCCAGUCUGCUCUCACCAUAUUGAACCCCAGAUCAUACAAGAAAUCUGCCAAGCCAGAAAGGACUCUUUUAAGUUCAUGGAAUGGGGUGAUUAAUCCUGGGGAGAUGAUGUUGGUGAUCGGUAAGCCUGGGAGUGGAUGCACGACCUUUCUCAAGACGCUGGCAGGCCUCAGGGGAGAGUUUCAUGAUACCCGUGGCUCCUUAACCUAUAGGGGGAAGUCGAUCGAUUCUUCAGCUGCCGACUCAGUCCGCGUGACAUUCUGUGCCGAGGAAGAUGACCAUUUCCCUACUCUACUUGUUGAAGAGACGCUCAGAUUUGCUGUCGAUUCCUCAUGGCCAAGAAGAGCUUCAAAUGCAGUCAAACAUGACUCAGUUCGAUCUUUAGCGGACUUAUUCGGCCUUGGCCAUGUUCUUCGCACUCGGGUUGGCAGCGCAUCCAUACGUGGGGUUUCAGGAGGAGAGCGUCGACGAGUCUCACUUGCCGAGGCGCUCGCGACUCAUGCGGAUGUGAUGUGUCUUGAUAACCCAACCAAUGGCCUUGAUAGCUCAACAGCUCUUGAGUUUGUUGAGAUGAUGCGGGAGUACACCCAUCAAUCUGGAUGUGCCACCAUCAUGAGCAUAUACCAGGGCAGCGACGCCAUGGUCCCGAUGUUUGAUAAAAUUGCCGUAAUUAAUCAAGGUCAUCAAGUGUUUUAUGGCAGAGCACAGGAAGCAAAACCCCAUUUCGAGCAAUUGGGGCAUAAGUGUCCACCCACGACUACCAUUACAGAUUUCCUAACAAGCAUGAGUGCCAACAAGAUAUCAACCCCAAUCACAUCAAGAGAGCCGCCACCGUCAACUACUAAACAACUAAAAAUGGCAUUUGAAUCUAGUUCCCAUUACCAAGAGGCCUUGAGGGAGGUACUGGCUGCCAAGUCUACGCCUCUACCGCCCGGCUCACUUGGUGGAAACACCUUCGAACUUCCUUUGUGGCACCAGAUUCAUCUUUGCACCAAACGCCAGUUCCGUGUACUCGUCACCAACUACCAUAAUUGGCUGAUUGAGGCAGGAUGUUCGAUUGUUCAAUCCAUUGCCAUCGGUACAUUGUUCCGAGAUCAGCCCCGCGAAACAAAGUCAUUCUUUAUCUUGGCUUGCUCUCUAUUCUUCUGCGCCCUGGUUCCAUCUCUGCAAGCGAUGUCAGAGUUUGGUAACACGUUCGCCACGCGAUCUCUGGUAGCCCGCCAGAAGCAGUAUGGAUUCUACCGGCCCAUGUCAUAUGCGCUUGGGCUCGUCAUGACGGACAUGAUUUGGAAAAUUGUCAGCAUCAGCUACAACAUCCCGCAGUACUUUCUCACGGGUUUCCAGUAUGACGCCGGCAAGUUUUUUACUUGGUUUCUGGUAUUGUACGUUGAGAACAUGGCUCUGAGUAUGAUCUUUCGUACGGUUGGCAUAUUGACCAAGACUAUGAGUUGGGCUGUUCUCCCUGUUGGGGUCAUCUUCAAUCUCGGCGUUAUAUAUACUGGUUUGUAUAUCCCUCCGCCACAGAUGCAGGGAUGGCUAUUCUGGAUCAAGUACAUCAAUCCAUUAUACUACUCGUGGGAAUCAAUCAUUGUGAACGAAUUCUCCAACUUAGAGUAUCAGUGCAGCGACUCAGACCUGGUCCCAUCAGGUCCCAACUACGUCAACUUUACGAACCAGGUUUGUGCGGUCAAGGGCGCCCUUCCUGGCCAAGCGAGUGUCCUAGGAUCCGCAUUUGUCCGGGAACAAUAUGGGCUAGACAUAUCUCACCUAUGGAGGAACGUCGGUAUCAAUAUUGCCAUUUUCCUCCUCUUCGCAGUUUGUACUGGGAUUGGCAUGGAGCUUCAUAAACCCGCUGCUGGCACUGCCGCCACCGUCAUGUACCGAAAACAAACGUGGCCGGCCGAGCGCAAAGGCAAAAACAGGCUUGAUGUGGCAGAGACAGAUAUCGAGAGCGGCUCAUCAGACGAGACCCAAGCAUCUACACACGGUAUUUCCCCUACAGAAGGAGACACUCAUCAGAUGGAAACACAUUCCGGGCGUACACUGGCGUGGGAUAACCUCUGCCUUCGCAUUGAGACUGACGGGAAGGAAAAAGUGCUCUUGGACAACUUGAGGGGUAAGAGCUCUCCCCACCCUUGUCGCGCAAUAGCUAAUCUAAAUGUCACAGGCUCUGUUCAUCCCAACCAUCUCACCGCACUCAUGGGCGUCUCAGGCGCUGGAAAGACAACGUUGCUUAACACUCUAGCUGGCCGCGUCGACUUUGGAAAGAUGAGUGGCCAACUUUCGAUCGACGGUAGCCCACUUCCCAAAUCCUUCACCAGGUUCAUGGGGUAUGUGCAGCAACAGGACAUACACCUGCCGUCGCAAACAGUUCGGGAAGCCCUUCAGAUGACAUCGCGACUCCGCCGGCCCUCCAGCGUGUCCAACGAAGAAAAGGAUGGCUACGUAGAGAAACUCAUCUCCCUGCUAGAACUCGAUGACCUUGCUGAAGCGCUUGUCGGGUUUCCCGGUGCCGGGCUCACCUUGGAGCAGCGGCGAAGAGUGUCCAUUGGGGUAGAGCUCGCAGCCUUACCCGAAGUUCUCUUCUUGGAUGAGCCAACAUCUGGUCUAGAUGGGCAAUCAGCACUUCAUAUUGUUCGCCUGCUUAGAAAACUCGCAGACUCUGGUCAGACAAUCUUAUGUACAAUUCAUCAGCCAGCUGGUGAGGUGAUCGAGUAUUUUGAUCACCUCAUGCUACUAGUCAAAGGAGGGCGUGUAGCAUAUGACGGACCUCUGGGUGACGGCUGCUCGGUCGCAGUUGAAUACUUCCAAAACCAGAGUCACGUUGGCUGUGGGGAGAAACAGAAUCCUGCGGAGUACAUUCUUGAUAUCGUUGGAGCGGGAUCACGCUCAACCAACACCAUUGACUGGGCCGCUACCUGGGAUCAGAGCAAAGCAUGCACAUCAGGCUCUCAGCAAAAGGAGAAAGUUGAACCGCAAGGUUUUCAGAGCUCCUUGGAGAUGCAAUCCAGAGGCCGUUAUGCUGUCUCUUUCGUAUCUCAAUUAUCAGUUGUUUUGCGACGAGCGUGGUUGUUUACUUGGAGAGACCCAGAUUACUUUGCUGCAAAGCUGUUUUUGAAUCUGAGCAAUGGGCUAGUCAAUGGUCUCUCAUACCUCAACUCUCCGGAUACUGGUGAUGGUAUGUACAACCGAAUAUUCAGCGCUUUCGUGGCUAUGAUUGUCGGCCCGCCAUUAGCCCUACAAACGGAGGUGCGAUUCUUUGCAUUCAGAGAUAUCUUCCUCCUCAGGGACAAGGACUCUAUGUCAUACAGCUGGACUGUCAUGGUUUUGUCGGCCAUUCUUGUGGAAUUACCAUUUGCUCUGAUAACUGGAUUGAUUUACUGGCUGGUAUGGUACUAUCCUGUCGGCUAUUUCACCAGCUCCGACCGCGCUGGUUACUCGUUCCUCAUGUUUGAGUUGUUCCACGUGUUUGUGCACAGCCUUGCCCAGCUAGUCGCCAGCGUCAUGCCCAGCUUAGAGUCGUCUUUCGUGGCAAAUGGGUUCUGCUUCAUGUUCCUCAACACACUAUCCGGCACUUUGAGCCCCAAGCCGCUUACACCAGCUGGCUGGAAAUGGUAUUACGACCUGAACCCGUUGUUCUAUUUUAGUGAGGGUACGGCUGCGGUUCUGACACAUGGCCUGGAAAUUACCUGCUCGGAUGCAGAAACAUUCGAGUUCCUGCCGCCUAGCAAUACGACCUGCAUCGAAUAUGCCUACGAGUGGUUGGAGAGCGCCUCCGGGUAUGUAAUGAACCCAGAUGGUAUGGACAUCUGCCGUUAUUGUCGUUACAAAGACGGAGACAGCUAUCUGAAGCAAUAUGAUUGGACGUUUGGGAAUAGAUGGCGAGACGUGGGGGUUUUCCUCGCCUUCAUUGCAUUCAAUUAUCUUGGCGUCAUGGCGUUGAUGUAUCUCACCAAGAUUCACAAAUGGAGGCGUUAA